GACAGGCAGGUGGGCUGGAAACACUCUGAUAAUGGGGUGAUAAAAAUAAAUAAAUCUGGCUGAGGACGGGACUCACACUUUUACGUCUCUGCCUGCUAGCCUGUUAGCUUUAAAUCACCACCAGCGGCUGAUACAUGUAGCUUUAGCAUCUGGGCUAAAAUAAAGGUGACUAGUGGUAGCAGGAAGUGACAAUAUUAAAUCAUUUCGGCCUGUGUGAACCUUCCACUGUACAAGUAUAUUAUUUAUACAGAAUAUGGUGUGAACACGAGCUGUCAGUUAAACCAAAUGAUCUUGCACCAGAUUUCCCGCAGAGGACUUUUCUGCUCGCGGUUGCAUGCUCAUCUGAGGAAACCGAGGCAAGACAUGACCAGACCUAGUUCAGAUUUGGCAGCCUUCAGGGACAUUUUCUCUAAGGCUAAGAAGAUUGCCAUUAUCACCGGAGCAGGCGUCAGUGCAGAGAGCGGAGUGCCCACAUUCAGAGGAGCCGGAGGAUACUGGAGAACAUGGCAAGCACAGGAUCUUGCAACCCCCGAAGCCUUCUCCCGAAAUCCAUCUCGUGUCUGGGAGUUUUAUCACUACAGACGCGAGGUCAUGCUUACUAAAAACCCCAACCCUGCACAUCUGGCCAUCGCUGAGUGUGAGGAAAGACUCAGCAAACAGGGACGAGAAGUCACUGUCAUCACUCAGAACAUCGACGAGCUGCAUCGUAGAGCUGGGUCCAAGAAUGUCCUAGAAAUACAUGGAAGCCUGUUCAGAACUCGCUGUUUGACUUGUGGUCAUGAAGCCAACAAUUACAAAAGCCCCAUCUGUGCCGCCUUGGAGGGCAAAGGAGCUCCUGACCCUCACACACAAGAUGCACAGAUCCCUGUAGAUCAGUUGCCCAGAUGUGAACACAAAGGUUGUCAUGGCCUUUUGAGACCAGCCGUGGUUUGGUUUGGGGAAACUUUAGACUCAAGGAUCCUCACAAAAGUAGAGCAAGUUAUGGACAGCUGCGACCUGUGCCUUGUGGUUGGUACCUCUUCUGUUGUGUACCCAGCGGCCAUGUUUGCUCCCCAGGCUGCUGCGGCUGGGAUCCCGGUGGCUGAAUUCAACAUGGAAGACACUCCAGCUACAAUGAGCUUCAAGUUCCAAUUCUGCGGCCCCUGUGGGACCACCUUGCCCCCUGCUUUGGCCCGCCACAAGACAGAACCAGAGUGAAAAGUUAGGACUGUAGACAAUGGUACAAAAUGAAUACAAAGAUUUAGAUGUUUUUGAUAGCAUAAACACACAUACACACAUGCAAAAAUCAGAAGGAAAUGUGAAAUUGAUGGCACUUUAUAUAGAUUUUUUUCAUUAUUUGAAAAAAAAUACAGUUCAAACUUACUUUAAUGAUCAAGGAGUAUUAUGUGUUAUGAACUUGAAUUGGCUUAGGCUAAAACAAGCUGUAGUUUUUAGUAUUUAUAUUCAUGAAGAACAAGUUUGUGCAGGACUGUCUUAUGGGGUAAUAGUUGUAAUGCUUUACACUAGGGGGCAGUAUUUGGCUGUUUGCUGCGUGAGGCUUCAUGCAGUUGCAGUGUGGAAAUUGGCUCUUAUGAAAUCUCUGUGGACUCUGCGUGUGAUUCUCAGUGUUGUCUGAUUUUAUAGACGGGUAUAAAACGGUAAGCUUGUUUUCUCUGAGCUCUGGUGAUACAUGAAGGUCCAUUAAUCAGUUUGAUCUCGUCACAAUAUAAUUAGGUUUGUAAGCACUUUGAAUUAAAUACAUGCAGUUUGGUCAUUUCUGCACAUUUGCUUCU